AUGACGUCCACCAAGAUAGCAGAGGAAACGCCGUUCGAAAUCGCCGUCCCGGACGCGGACAUCGAGCUCCUGAAGAAGAAACUCGAGCUCGCGCGCUUCCCGGACGAACUCGAGGGCGCAGACUGGUCGUACGGUGCCCCGCUCGCAGACAUCAAGCGUCUCGUCAGCCACUGGAAGGAUGGCUUUGACUGGCGCAAGCACGAGGCGAAGAUCAACGAGCUCCCCAUGUUCACGCGCGACAUCGACGUCGACGCAUUCGGCACGCUCAACAUCCACUACGUUCACCAGCAGAGCGACGUCAAGAACGCGAUCCCCCUCCUCUUCGUCCACGGCUGGCCGGGCCACUUCCUCGAGGUCGAGAAGAUGCUCCCUAUGCUGACGGCGGCGUCGCCCGACCACCCGAGCUUCCACGUCGUCGCGCCCAGUCUCCCUGGGUACGGGUUCUCGGAGGGUGCGCAUAAGCCAGGAUUCAAGGCGCCACAAUAUGCGGAGCUCUUCAACAAACUCAUGGUCGCGCUGGGAUAUAAUGAGUACGUUUACCAAGGUGGUGACUGGGGAGGCAUCCUCGGGAAGGCAAUCGUCCCCACCCUCGGACCCAAGCACAUCAAAGCCUGGCACACGAACAUGCCAAUUAUGAACCCUCCCACACUGUUGCGCAACCCUCUCCUGUUCCUUCAGAUGCUCCUCACGCCGUUCAACAAGACGAUACGCGAAGGGUUCGAGUACACACAGCGAUUCGUGAACCUCGGCUCUGGGUACUCGAAGAUGCACAUGACGAAGCCGCAGACGAUCGGCUACAGCCUCGCGGACUCGCCCGUCGGGCUGCUCGCGUGGAUCUACGAAAAGCUCGUCGCGUGGACGGACGAGUACCCCUGGACGGAUGACGAGGUCCUCCGAUGGAUCUCCAUCUACUACUUUUCCCGUGCCGGGCCUGCGGCCUCCGUGCGGAUCUACUAUGAGAUGUCGGAGGGAGGCACCGCUACCCUCGGCCUCGGACACCUCUCACCAGCGACGGUCCCCACCGGGGUGUCGUACUUCCCCGGGGAGCUCAUCCGCCUCCCAAAAUCCUGGGCAGCGUUGAUGGGGAAGACGGUGUACGUGGGCGAGCACGACAAGGGUGGGCACUUUGCCGCGUUCGAGGUCCCCGAGGUCCUCGCCGGAGACAUGUUCAAGAUGUACGGAAAAGGUGGAGGUGCAUUCGGGGUCGUUCCCGGGAAGAGUGGGUAUGAUUGA